UUCCAAUAAAUGUGUGACCUUCAAUUAAUUUAGUUGAUGCUAAAUUAAAAUAUUAAAAUUGUAAGUCUGCAACAUUUCUUUCGAUAUGCUGUUGAAACCAUGUUAAUCAACUCUUUUCUCUCUUUUUCCAAUGUUCAUCUCUCUUAACCUUUGCUCAUCUUUAAUUCGAUGUGUUAACAAACCGACUUCUAUUAAUUCCAUCAUUUGUUCUUUAUUAAUUUCGAUCUGUUUCUAGAAAUCAAAGGACCAGGUUUAUUCAAGUGUUUUUCACCGGGGGCUAUAACUUGUCGGCUACAAUUAUCCGACUAUUUUUCUAGACCAACUUGAAGAUUUUGUACUUUUCUUCUUGUUUAACUUAUUAACCCUUUCCAUCAUCACAAAACAUUAUACUCAUCUGCUGGAAAGAGUUUUGUUUCACGGACCAUGGAAACCGUUUCAAGUCAACCAACUAUUCAACAGUCAAGUCAUUUAUCACCAAAUUAUUCUUACAUUUUCCAAUUUGAACAGUCAUUCGAGUAUCAAAAAAAGAGGGAAUGGAUGCAAGAACAUUGGCAUGAGGCUUUCUACUAUGUUGCUGUUUACAUGCUCCUUGUCUUUGGCGGUCAAGCUUACAUGGCAAACCGGCAACCAUUUAAAUUGAGAAGAAUAUUAACCCUCUGGAAUACAAUGUUGGCUACAUUCUCAAUUAUUGGUACCUUGAGAUUUUUACCCGAAAUGUUCCAUGUAUUUAAUAAUUUUGGAUUCUACCAUACAGUUUGCAAUCCGAGUUACAUUGAAAUCACCCGAGUUUCAGGUUUCUGGACAUGGAUGUUCACCUUAUCUAAAGUUCCAGAAUUAGGCGAUACUAUUUUCAUCGUUUUGAGAAAACAGAAUUUGAUCUUUUUACAUUGGUACCAUCAUAUAACAGUUCUAUUAUUCACAUGGUAUAGUUAUGGUCAACAUAUUUCACCUGCCCGUUGGUAUGUUGGUAUGAACUACAUGGUCCACUCAAUUAUGUACUCCUAUUACGCCGCUAGAGCCCUUGGAUUCAGAGUACCAAAGAAAUUAGCAAUGCUUAUUACCGUUUCUCAAAUAAUUCAGAUGAUUGUUGGAGGUUUUGUAACCUAUUAUGGAUAUGCCAAAGCUCAACAGGGUAUCUUCUGUCAAAUCCCCGAAGGAACAGCCAAAUUAGGUUUAAUUAUGUAUGGAAGUUACUUUAUACUUUUUGCCAAUUUCUUCGUCAAUGCUUACACCAAACCAAAAGGAACCAGUGCAACUUCAUCUUGCAUAGAAUCAAAAUCAAAAGCAAAAACCCAGUGAUCUAAGAAAAGAUAACCUAAAAUCUCAAAGAAAUUCUCCAUCAAAGCUUUCUAUUGUUCGACCCAUGUCUUGUUUUUUGUCAAAAUUUAGCUAUAAAAUGUAUAGCUUGAUUACCAACGAAAACAGAUUUAUAAUUUGAGUCAGAUGACAAAGUUAUUAGUUGAGCAAAAAUGAUGAUUGUCUAAUCAUUCUUCAACUUUCUAAUUUAUAAAAAUUUCCAAACUAAUGUUAUUAAAUUUCAUUUGUAUUGGUACAAAAUAAAUUUAAUCGACUUAUAAUUCAAUUUCUAAAUAAGUUUGCUUCAAUAAAAGUGACAAAUCAAA